AUGUCCAUGCUCACAAGGUUGCUAUCGACAUCAUCGUACCGAUUACAACCAGCAUCAUGGUCGCCACUGUUGUGGUCGACACUUCAGUGUGGCGUUGGCAUCGGCGGAAGUUCUUUGUCAUCUCCAGCCGCGACGACAAUGUUGAAUACGGGAGGCAGCAUUCGAUCUUAUGCCUUCAGAGUGAAAGAGUCAAAGAGAUCAUUGAACAAGAUAAAGAGCGAUGAUAAUAAUAGGGAUCGUGGCGCCAAGCGCCAACCAAAGACAAUGCCAAAGAUGCAGUCGAUGAGGGUCUCGCGAUCGCUCGAGCAUCAGCAAGUCGCCAUGGAGAAGCAAAUGGAGCAACAAGAGGUCAAGAUGAGGCAGAAGGACAAACAAAAGAAGCGCAGAUUACUCCCGCCACGACCGCGCAAGAAGGGCACCUCUGGCAAAGUGUCACUCUCAUUCGACCUCGACGCAGAGGAGCCCAACGACCAGGAGUGGGCACGAGAGCAAACGCAGGCAUACGAACACGCAAAGACACAUACUGAAACAUACACUCACCAGACGGAACAUGUUGUCGCGGCCACCCCCGAGCUGCAGCCAAAGAAGUUGAAGAAGAAGAAGGAGAAGGUCAAUCGUUCAAAGGAUGAGGUCAUCAUUGAUAGCACAGUGGUGGAGCGACCCGCUGGAGCAAAGUCACAAGCCAAGACACAAGCCAAGACAACGGGCAGUGAUAUGACCGAGGGCGAAAUGGAGCAGUUGAUCGAGCAGAGGAAGAGCGAGAGCGAGAUGAUAUUUGUGGACGAUGGCAAGACCGUGGCAACAAAGGUGACAGCAGACUUGGAUGACAUGCGAGUAGAUAGAUGGAUGGCCAAUCAUUAUCCCGUGCUCACUCAUUCAUUGGUGUGCAAGUGGACACGCAAGGGCAAGAUAACGCGAGCCACCACACUGGAGGGCGAGCGACAGCCCACCGAGCUCAACACAAGACUGGCGGGAGGCGACUGGAUAUUCGUGCCAACAAAGGCUGCACGCGAGCAGAAGAAGGUUGACAAGGAGCAGCCAGAGAAGUAUCUCAGACUGUCUGAUACAGAGAUCCAGACCAUCAAGGACAGCGUGCUGUUCAAGGACGAUCAUUUGAUUGUGCUCAACAAGCCACAAGGUUUGUCUGUGCAGGGCGGCACAGGCCUCAAGAAGCAUUUGGACAUGAUGAUGGCGCAUCUCAAAUUUGACUAUGACGAGCCACCUAGACUCUGCCAUCGACUGGAUCGCAGUACUAGUGGCAUUCUGAUACUCGCACGCACUCGCAAGGCAGCCUCGGCAAUGGCGGAGAAGUUCGAGGCCAAGUUGAAGCGCAGGAACACAAGACAGGAGCGUGACAACGAGGCGACAACGAAAAAGAAGCAGACAUCAUCUAGCACUGGAAAUACUGCUGGCGGCGAUAAGUCAGUUGAGGACGAGAUCAAAGAGGAGAACAUCAUUAGAAAGACAUAUUGGGCGCUACUCAAGGGCGUGCCCUCGCCAAAGGAGGGGCGUAUACGCGCACCUCUCAAGAAGAUCAUUGAGAAUGGUGAGGAGAAGGUCGUAGCCACUACCAAAACGGGCGACGGCGCUAAACUAGCAAUCACAGAGUACAAGGUCAUGGAGAGCACUGUUGCCGACACAUCAUUCGUCACCCUCUGGCCAGAGACUGGCAGAACACAUCAACUUAGAGUCCACUGCGCAUCCAUUCUUGGCGCACCAAUCAUUGGCGAUACAAAAUAUGGAGGCAAUCAUUUGGGCAAGUUCCAGACAUUGCUUGGACGUAAGAUACCUUUACAUUUACAUGCUAGAAGGGUGCAGUUCAGUCAUCCAGUGACCAACAAGCUCAUGGACAUCGUGGCACCACUUCCAGAGGCAUUGGAGAACUCAUGGACAUUGAUGGGCUUUGAUCAACAUCAGAGUAAAUCAGUGGACAACUUGUAA